AAGAAGAAGAAGCAGCGGCAGAAGAAAUCCUAAGAAAAAUUAUCAUAAAUCAUCGACCGAAUUCUUGGCUCUUUGCAUGUGCAGCGCCAGGAAAUUCGGGCAUUUCGAGUGGAACCCAGUACAGGAUUAUAGUUCGUACAAUGAAUCUGGUUGUUAUCACUUUCGGCCGGAUUAAUGUAACAGUUGGUGCGCUGAAAAUGAGAUUCUAGUGUAUGAAGGUUUUUUGCCUACCGUUGUUUGUGGCGAAGGUGCUGUGUGAGAAGUUAUGUUCUCGGUGCUGAUCGACGUGACCAGAAAGAAAAAUCUCAGCAUAUUUAUGUGACCGAGAAGCCAAGUGGAGUAGCGCGCAGUUGUGGAAGGGAAAACUUCAAGUUACUUCUUUUGGUGCAUUUUUCGACUGGGAUUUACUCGAGAUCGUCUUGUAACCGGGAGAGAACCGGAGAGAGCGAGUUUGGUGCGGUCCGCCAGGAGUGCAUUUUUAUUGUUGGGAUAUUCGGUGCAUGCUCGAGAGCAAAAUGCAGCAUCGUAGUAGCACACAUAAGUCAUCGGUGAGAUCGGUAGCGAGAAGUUACCAACAGUAGUAGCAGUUCCAGCAGUGCUGGUAUAUAAGUGUUCGGUGCCAUUUGGUAGAAAAGUGUCAGUGCUUGAUCAAAACACGUAAUUGUGCCAACGUAGUUCAAAUUAAAAAAAACGACAAGUAAUUUAUAAAAAAGUCCACUAAAGUGAAAUAAUCUGUGCAGUGUUCAGUUUAGGAAGGAGCCAAUCCAACAGUCGUAUUUUGAGAUAGCAACCCAUAGAGCAAAGAGUUGGAGUUUGUGGCUUUUAUGAAGAUUGUCAUAUCUUGGUGUUUGAGUCCAAGGACGUUAUAUUAACGUCCUACUCAUGUAUAGUUGGCCGCAGAAAUGGCCAAACCGAACAACUCGUCAUGUAUAGGUUUUGUAAUUAAUUUAUUUAUUUUUAUUAAUUUAAUUUUAAGUAGUAAUGCACAGCGAAGACCGUUUACUAGUAAUAGGUUAGCAAGUAGGCCCGUCCAUCGUGUUCAUCCGUGCGAGCAGAGCAGUUGUUACCCAGCGACGGGUAACCUGCUGAUCGGCCGUGAGAACCGGCUGUACGCAUCGUCAACGUGCGGUACGGAGCGACCCGAGCGCUACUGCAUCGUGUCCCAUCUGGAGGAGAAGAAAUGCUUCCUCUGCGAUACACGGCCCGAGACGGCCAACAUCCCGAUGAAGAACCAUCGGGUUGGGCAGAUCAUCUACAAGAACCAGCCCGGCACCCUGGAGCAAUCCUGGUGGCAGUCGGAAAAUGGCAAGGAAAACGUCACGAUACAGCUGGACUUGGAGGCCGAGUUCCACUUUACUCACUUGAUCAUUGUGUUCGCCACCUUCCGGCCGGCAGCCAUGUUGAUCGAACGGUCGUAUGAUUUCGGCAAGACGUGGCACGUGUACCGAUACUUUGCACAUAACUGCCGGGAAGCGUUUCCCCAUGCACCGACCAUCGGGAAGAACAUCACCGACGUAAUCUGCGAUCAUCGCUACUCGGGCGUGGAACCGUCGAAGAAUGGUGAAGUCAUCUACCGUGUGCUGCCGCCGAUGAAUAUUGAAAAUCCCUAUGCGGAGCACGUGCAGAACAUGCUGAAGAUGACGAACCUGAGAAUCAACUUUACCCGAUUGCAUACGCUGGGCGACACGCUGCUGGAUGAUCGCCAGGAAAUCCAGGAGAAGUAUUACUACGGUAUCUCAAAUAUGAUAGUGAGAGGUUCGUGUUCCUGCUAUGGUCAUGCAUCGCGGUGCUUGCCGCUGGAGGGCGUUCGGAAUACAAUCGAUAUGGUGCAUGGAAGGUGCGAGUGUACGCACAAUACCAAGGGCUUGAACUGUGAGGAGUGCGAGGAUUUCUUCAAUGACCUACCGUGGAAACCGGCGUUGGGCAAGCAGACAAAUGCAUGCAAGAAAUGUCAUUGUAACAAUCACGCCACAAGCUGUCACUUCGACCAAGCCGUAUACGAGCACUCGGGUCGAGUUAGUGGUGGUGUGUGUGACAACUGCCAGCAUAACACCCAGGGAUAUCACUGCGAAGAGUGCGCUCCGUUCUUCUACCGUGAUCCGAACGAGGACAUCCAGAGUCCGUAUGUGUGCAAACCGUGCGAUUGUGAUCCACGCGGCUCGCUAGACGAUGGUAUCUGCGACGCCAUAGGUGAUGAGGAAAGUGAAGUUGAAGCUGGUGCAUGCCACUGUAAGCGUCAUGUGGGCGGUCGCAGAUGCGAUCAGUGUAAGGAGGGUUUCUGGAAUUUUAACGAAAGCAACCCCGAUGGUUGUCAAUCCUGUACGUGUAAUAUUCUGGGAACGGUAAACAACGCUGGUUGUAAUGUGUACACGGGAGAGUGUAUAUGUAAACGAUUGGUAACUGGACGGGAUUGCAACCAGUGUAUUCCCGAGACAUAUGGUCUUUCGGAAAGUCAUGAAGGAUGCACCCCAUGUAAUUGCCAUCCGGGAGGAUCGCUGGAUAACGAUUGUGAUGUGAUCACCGGUCAGUGUCGCUGCAGACCUCAUAUGCAGGGACGAGAUUGUGCUGAACCAAAACAACAUUACUUUAUUCCUACUUUGCAUAAGGUCUUGGAAGCGGAGUUCCCUGGAACGAUUUGUGAUCACCAUUCAUCAGUCGGUAACUGUUCUGUUGUAAUUCGCGAACAUCCGCAUGAUCGCCAACCAACCUGGACCGGACCAGGAUUUAUACGUGCAUACGAAGGAACGGAACUGAAGUUCACCGUUGAUGACAUUCCGAAAACAAUGAAUUACGAUGUUCUGAUGCGAUACUCACCGCAAAUGAAAGGAGACUGGGAGGAUAUUCGCAUGACCGUCGUUCGCCCGGAUGAGUACGAUCCGGAAGGGCCGUGUGCCAAUUCGCCUCCAAAUUACGACACGGACAUUCAUUCGACGCUACACGAGUACGACACGACUGCGGUUGCCUUGCACGACGUUUGUCUGGAGACGGGAAAAACGUACAAGUUCAUUGUGUCGUUCAAACGACACGAUCCGUACGAUGAUAAUCCGGCGGCGCAGAUUUUAAUCGACUCGAUCGUACUGGUUCCGAAAAUUGAGGUUACACCAAUUUUCCAUGGUUCUCAACAAGCCGAAGUUCGCUACAAGGAGUACAAGGACCUGGGAUGUAAUCAAACGUACUAUGACGUGAAUUACGAUAUCGAUGCAAGACCCGAGUGUAAGGAUCUGCUGAACACGGUUAGCGUGUUUGUCUUCAACGGAGCGACACCAUGCGAGUGUAAUCCGACCGGUUCAACGACUAAGAAAUGCGAAGAGUUCGGAGGAUACUGUUCCUGCAAGUCGAACGUGGUUGGCCGGCAGUGUGACAAAUGCGCCCCGGGAACGUACGGAUUCGGUCCGGAGGGUUGCAAGGCUUGCGAUUGUAACAGCAUUGGCUCAAAGGAUAAUGACUGUGAUUUGGUGACCGGUCAAUGUAGUUGUCAUCCGAAUACCUAUGGGCGGGAGUGCGAUCAGUGUCAACCUGGAUUCUGGAACUUCCCGAACUGUCAGAUGUGUGAAUGUAAUGGUCACACUCCGGUUUGUAACUCCAAGACGGGUGAGUGUUUGCAGUGUCAGGACUUUACGCGCGGUUGGAGGUGUGACCGGUGUAUCGAGGGAUACUACGGCAAUCCUCUGCUUGGCUCGGAAAUUGGAUGUCGUCCAUGCCGCUGUCCGGAUACGAUCGCCUCCGGACACUCAUACGCCAACGAGUGUCUACUGGAUCCAAAGACGAACGACGUGAUUUGCCUGUGCGAUCAGGGUUAUUCCGGGGCCAAGUGCGAUGUGUGUGCGGAUAAUCAUUUUGGCAAUCCGGAUCGACCGGGUGGUAUCUGUCAGCCGUGCGAUUGUAGCAACAACGUUGAUCUGAAUCAGCCGGGUAAUUGUGACGCCAAGACGGGUCAGUGUGUGCAGUGUUUGUACGAAACGACGGGUGAUCAUUGUGAGUUCUGUCGGGACGGAUACUACGGGAAUGCACUGCAGCAGGAUUGUAGACCGUGCGAUUGUAACGUGCUGGGAACGAAUCAAACGGUGCAACACUGCGAUAGGUCCAGCGGGCAGUGUCCCUGUUUGGCAAACGUACGGGGCCAGUACUGCGAGGAGUGUAUUGAAAACCAUUGGAAGAUCGCCAGUGGCGAGGGAUGCGAGUCGUGUGGUUGCGAUCCGGUUGGGUCGGUUAAUGAGCAGUGUAAUCCGUACGAUGGUCAAUGUACUUGUAGACAAGGUUUUGGAGGCCGCCAAUGUAACCAGUGCGAAGCAAACUUCUGGGGUAACCCGAAUGUGCAGUGUAAUUCCUGCGACUGCAACCCAUACGGUGCGGCCACUCACCAGUGCAACCGUGAAACUGGCAAAUGUGUUUGUAACCCCGGAAUAGGCGGAUACAAGUGUGACCAGUGCGCUCGUGGCUAUCUGGGCGAGGCACCGUACUGCCAACCGUGCGGUGAAUGCUUCGACAACUGGGAUAUGAUACUGGAUGGCCUACGGGAGGAAACCAAUCGUACGAUCGAGGAAGCCAAAACGGUAAAGACGCUUGGUGCCACCGGUGCGUACAAGAAGGAGUUUGAUUCCAUGGGAAAGAAGAUUGAGGUGAUAAACGGUUUACUGACGAAUACUAUUUCCGAUCGGGAAAUCGAAGCGAUUGAUGCAAGAAUUGCCGACAUCAGGAAGCAUCUAAGGGUGUCGUUGAAGGCGUUGGAAGAAUCGGAGAAGCGUCUGCAAGAUACCGGAGCCAGUAUCAAUUAUGCGAACAUUGAGAUCGACGAUUUGAGUAAACGAGCGGAAGAAGUGAAGCAACUGGCAAAUUAUCUGAGGGAGAACGCUACCAAAUUGCAGGAGGGUAACAUUGAGGGUGCCCUGAAUUUGACUCGAGAUGCCUGGAAUAGAGUAACCCUCUUGGGUGAGACCAAUAUGGAGAUUCAGGAACUCAACGACAAUGCCGAAAGACAGUGCAAGCGAACGGAAGUUCUACUGAAGAAACAGCAGGAACAUUUUGAUAAUUUACACGACACAAACGAAGCGUCUUUCCUGAAGUAUCAGGCUGAGUUGGACACUUUGAACGCAAAUAUUCCGGACUUGAACGAACGGAUUUGCGAUAGACGAGGUGACCCUUGUGAUGAGUUCUGCGGUGGUGCUGGAUGCGAUGGCAAAUGCGGUGGGUUAACUUGCGACAAAGGGGCACUAACAAGGUCCGAGAAAGCGCUGUACUAUGCCAAGAAAACGGAACAAACUAGCAAGGAAAAAGAAGAAUUGGCAGAUGAUAUACUGCGAUCGAUGUCCCAAGCGAAAACGAACGCAUCGGAAGCCUACAAGAAAGCAAAACGAGCCCACGAUAAGGCUCAGGCACAGUACAAUCAAACGCGUAUUCUGAUAGAACAGGCUACGGCUGUCGUUACCGCGCUGACCGAUAUUAUCGACAACAAUACGGCGUCACCGGACAAGAUCAAGGAACUGACGGAGAAAAUCAACGGCUACACUCUUCAGUUGGACCCGGAACAGAUACAGAAACUAGCCGAACAAAUUGAUGAUGCCGUUUCUCAUCUAGAGAAUGUGGAAUCGAUUAUUCGGAACACGGAGCACGACCUGCAGCUUGUGGAACAGUUGAAGGAAGGCACUCUGAUAACGAAGGAUCGUGCCGAGAAGGCCCUCGAGGAGGCUAUCGAAGUGACUAAAGCGCUCGAUGAUGCAGACGAGGCACAGAAGAAGGCACGUCAGUCGAUUAAGCGAGCCAAUGAAGACAUUCAAUCGGCUAAGAUUGAUUUAGAAGAGAUCGACAAAGAAACCGACGACGCCUACAAUAGAGCCAACGUGACGGCAAACAAGGUUGAUGAACUGAAGGCCCGUCUCAACAAAUUGCAUGUAAGUAAUGUGCAGAACGAGCAAGAUGCCGAGGAGAUCAUCAAACAGGCGGAAACGGUUAAGGAAUCGGCAAAUACCGCGCAUGAUUUGGCGACACAGCUAAAAGAUAACUACAAAACUGCCAACGCAAGCCUCACGGCUAGAUCUAACGCGUCGGAAAGUGCCCGUGAGCGAGCUCAGAAUCUGCUGAACCGUGCUUCCAAGAUCACCGUUGAAACUACCAAUCAACUCAAGAAGCUCCAGGAACUAUACAAAACCUACGAAUCGAACCAGAAGGACCUCGACUCGCUGGAGGUGCAAAUUCACGGCCUGACCGACCAGAUCAACAACUAUUUGAACAAAAUCCAGAGCGAUGCCGAUCGUUACCGACAGUGUACGACGUGAAGAAACUAAACGGAGCGAAGCAUAAACAAACAAACAAAAAACACUAACGAAUAAAAAAUAACUCUUUUAACAAAUUUGUGUUCAAACGAUGGUUUUUAACAAGAAGGAUUGGUGAUUUUUAUCGAAACUGCCUGUAGCUGAGAGCCUUUUUUAUUAUUCAAUAUGCAAUUCGAAACUAAAAAUUAAUUUCUAUCGUAGGCUUAGAAGGAAAAUCGCUACUAAUAUACGAGUUUAUGACACAGUCCAUAUCGGCUAAGCUCUUGCAAUUGUUGUCUAGACUAAAUUUCGUACAAUUAUUAACCACUGUGCCAGUGCCCUAUACCACACUGAUUAAUAUUCACUAAACGAAAAAGUGCCAAAAAAGUAAAUCGAUAGACUAAAUCUGCUUCCAAGUGCUUUUUUUAAACUAGUAUCAACUAAUAACCUAUAAUAGAGAACUAACGUAUUAUGUAGCAGAAAUCUCACUCACUAGUUUGAACACUUGUAAUCCUCAAAUAAUAUUCUCCUGUAUAAAAAAUAACAAGCCAAUAAAUGUCAAGCAAAAUGCCAUUUAGUCUUACCAGUGGGUAAUGUUUAGUGUUUAAGAGUGUAAGAAUCAAAACGUUAGGCUUAAUAUAAUUUGACCCAGAUCAAUAGAAGCAAUAGACAAGUUGUUUUGCAAUAUGAAGAAUCAACUAUUAAAACAAGAAAUAAACCUAUUAUACAUGUGCACCAUUUAUUGUUGUAGGCGUCAACGAAACUUUUAGCCUGUAAGAGGAACUAGCAAUACUACACCGCGAACGCGAAUAGUCAUAACGAUUUCACUGCUACUAAUUGUAAUUCCGG